AUACUAGACAAAACAAUGUCUAAAUCCAAAUUUUGUCAGAUUGCUUGAGAAGUGUUGUAGUGUUGUGGUGAAAAAUCCAACUUGGCGACGUUGGAGAGCCGGUUUGAUUUCAUCUUUUGUUCUUAUUCUUCUCCUUUGAUGCUAAAUUUAUAGUAUUUCUCUUGCCCUUUGGGAUUUGGAAAUCUUGAGAAGAGAAAGGAGCUGCCUUUCAGUCAUUUUUGCAGGUGUUUUGCUUCUGGUGGGAAGCUUUAGUGGAUUUAAAUGGCGCAAAAAGCACAUGUUCCUAAGUUCGGGAACUGGGAAAUUGAUGACAAUGUUCCAUAUACACAGUAUUUUGAUAAUGCAAGAAUGGGUAAUAAUUACGGCAGGGAAGUUCAAUCCAAAUGAUCCUUUUGAUAACCCAAACACAUUUAAAGAAUCUUCACCGGUUCAUGUACGAGACACAAGAACCAAACCGAAAUAUGAGGAUCGAAGGACAAAGAGCAGGACACCGCCGUCACAAGGCAUGAAAUACAAAUCUGAAUUGGAAGAUCAAAAUAAUAAGAAUUGGCAAUAUGAAAACAAAGGAAAUAAUAAAAUUCAUCUCCGGCCGACUUCCCAUUAUGAUUCCAGGCCUCAAAAACCUGCUUCAAGUCCACCUCGACAUCGGUAUGGUGACAAAAAAUCUGAUGAUCAGCUGCAGAAGCCGAGUAGAACUCACGAUGGAUAUGAUUUUGACCCAGCUCCCUUCCAACUCCAGCAUCAGACAAAGUCUGCUACUAACAAAGGUCAUGGAAUCUCUCCAUCUUCCUGGGAAAGAAGAGGCUCAGGAGAGGCCAGUUAUGGGUUUGCUCCAAGCACUUCCAGCAUUUCCAAAAUGCGUCCUGUUAGUAGAGGCGAUGAAACGAAUGGUAAAACUUCUGUUGUGCCGAAGUUCGGUGAAUGGGAUGAGUGUGAUCCGUCAUCGGCUGAUGGAUACUCACACAUUUUCAGCAGAAUGAAGGAGGAGAAGCAAACUAGUUCAGAACAAGUUCGUGUCAUUUCCCAUGAUCCAAUGCCGACCGAUCAAUUGAAGAAAGAUAGGAGCCCCAAAUCCACAAGAUGUGGAUGUUUCGGCAUGCGGAUUAAAUGAGGCAAUUUUCGAUGCACCUGUAAAUACAUUGUCGGAGGAAUAUCACAAUAUAAAUGGUGCUUCAUGAAUCAUGGAAGAAAAAGCAUUCCUUUUAUUUUAUUUACUCAUUAUAAAACAAGAGUGAUUAUUUUCAAUUUGUAUACGUGUAUCACUCUUGUUAAAUUAUUGGUUACUGUUAGAGAUUUGUAAGAGCAGAGCAGAUAUAUUCAGACCACUUGUUCUUUGCUUUUUAGCAUUCAA